GGGCCUCUGGCUGCAUAGUCCACAUCUCCCAGACGCAUCAUCAGAGCUGACGUGGGCUCUACGUGUGCAGCGAGUCGGGCUUCCACUCCACCCGUAACGAGUGACGAGACUCUACGUAAAACUCGGGCCGUUCGCCAUGGAAACUGCAACCGUAGCGCAACAGGAAGCCAGUGCAACUGAGAAAGCAACAAGUCAGGUAAAUGAGGGAGUGUCUGUGGUUUCAUUACCUAAUGGACAGACACUACAGCUGCAAGGGGUCAUUCAGACGACACAGCCCUCCGUCAUACAAUCGCCUCAAAUACAAACUGUACAGGUAGCUGCUGAUACUGCUGGUGCAGGAACAACACCAUCAGAUCCUCAAAAGAGGAGAGAGAUUCUGUCCAGACGACCGUCGUAUAGGAAAAUCUUUAAUGAGCUGUCGUCAGAUGCACGGGUCGUGCCAAAGAUUGACGAAGAGGAGAAAGUGGAGGAAGAAGCUCCGCCCACCUCCAGUGUUGCUAUGGUGACGACUCCAUCUUCAAUCUACCAGACCAGCUCAGGACAGUACAUUGCAAUCACUCAGGGUGGAGCAAUCCAGCUGGCCGGCCCUGGAGGAGAGGCUUUACAAGGGGUUCAGGCUCUGACUCUCCCCAGCCCCGCCACACCUCAGCCCGGGGCCACCAUCCUGCAAUAUGGAGCACAGCCUGGAGACCACGGCCAACAGCUGCUGCUCACAGCUGGACAGGUGCUUGUUCAGGCUGCCACAGGAGACAUGCCAGCAUAUCAGAUCCGCUCGCCGUCGUCAGGGCUGCCUCCAGGUGUUGUCAUGGCAUCGUCACCAGGGGCGAUGCACAGCCCGCAACCCAACGCAGAGGAGGCCACGCGCAAGAGAGAAGUCCGUCUGAUGAAGAACAGGGAGGCAGCGCGCGAGUGUCGCAGAAAAAAGAAAGAAUACGUGAAGUGUUUGGAGAAUCGGGUUGCCGUGCUGGAAAACCAGAACAAGACUCUCAUAGAGGAGCUGAAAGCCCUUAAAGACAUCUACUGCCACAAGCCUGAAUAACCCUCACAAACACUGCUCAAGGACUGUGUGAUUCACACAAUACCCGUCUCCUCACUUCUACUGCUGCACCGCCUGGAUUUUAUCGCUUCGUUCGUUCGUUUGUUUGGCCAAAUGUUUUUAUAAGAAGAUGCAAACGUUGCUUUGAGGAUGCAGAGGUCUACUGCUACCUGCAAUGUAUCCUCACACACACAGAAAUAUGCAUUUUAGGUUCAUGUGUUCACAAAAGCGUUUCUCGCCAGCUAAAAAUGCUCAGAUUUGAGUGCUUGAAUAUGAUUAUAAUAUGAAUAUUAAUUUUUACAAUUUUUGACCGAUACUGCAGCCAGCCACCAGAGGGUGCUUAAAAUGAUUUGAUUUAACACUUAAAUUUAACCCAGGCUCAUUCUGAUUACGUACCCCUAUACACAUUUCUGGAGAGCACAAAAUACAUCCCAGGAGCUACGUUUUUUUAUAGUUUUUGCUUUCGCAAAUUCACCAGAGGGCGCUGUGUACACUUUUUCAGAUCUCAAAUUUGCCUUUCGCACCUGCUGUCCUCAAGUAAAUCCACCAGAGGUCGCUGUCAACUGAUUGACCAACCGACUGAUAACCCCACCCGCCCCCUUCACUAAAACCCACCGAUAGUGUUUUAAAAAGCAUCGAUUGAUCCACCUACUUCCCAAACCCAACCGAGAGUGUUUUCAAAAGCAAUCCAGAAAAAGAAAAGCUCUUUCAGCCUGAUUUUUACCACGUUUUCAGAUUUUACCACAUUCCCACCCUGUUAUUUACUUGUUUAUUUUAUUUUUUGGAUUUUGUUUUUGUCUUACCUGCUUUCUAAAACUGUCCUUCAUCAGACUCGAACCCCAUUGUUGCGGUCAACUCUGCUCUGUCUCAAGUCCGCCGACGUACAUGUCAAGCUACCGUACAAAGUUACCGGUAAGCGAGAAAAGGAUCAGCGUCAUACCACUCCAUAGCGUUCGUUUUAAAGACAAAAUGCUGCCAUACGUACUUCUGGCUACAUAAUUCGCAGUCACCAGAAAUGUAUAUAGGGCUACGGUUUCAGAAUGAGCCUUGCUUAGAUUGGGCAGAUAAACAUUGGCUGGAUGAAUAUUUUUAACUCUCAAUGACCAGAAAAAAAAUGUAAAUAAACAAAGAAAGAAAUCAGAAAUCAAGCAUUUAUUUUAAAACAUAUGCCAGCAUUGGAGGUAAUAACGAUUUGGUGGACGUAUUUACGUAUUAUCGGCGUAUAUUAUUGCUGUUGUCUGUCUGGUUUGUUUUUGUUAACUGGAACUCUAUUAGUAUUUGUGAAAGCAAGUCUGUUUUUCUAUUUUAAACUGAAAUCAGGAAAGGAUAAAGUUAUAAUGACAUAACUGGCCAUGUUAACAGUACACUGCAUGCAUAAGCAGCAUAUCAUUUCUGGCGUUCACAGAAUUUCCUAAUAAAUAUGGGGGAAAAUAUUAUGUCAGUCCAUUUAAAGCAGCUUAAAAUAAUGUAAUGAUAUGCUCAUCGAUUGUUUGAUGCAACUUGUAUUUACAAUGACCGUUUCUAUUUAGCUACACAUUCUAUUUUGAAUAUGAAAUAAUGAAUCCUCGAGUGCAUUCAGUUUGAAUCUAGUUGUAAAUAUAAUGAUCUGUUUAAUGUACACCCAGAAACCGCUAUAUGUUUUCUGUAUUGAGCUGCAGCUUCAGGUCGUGCAGCUUAUGUAUGCAGUGUGAAAGACCUAAUUAUUAAAACACAAUAUUUUUGUAUAGUUGAGAUAAUGUGUUUGGAUUAGAUGGAUUGAACUGUUUUAAGUUUAUUAGCAGUCAUAAAAGCUGAAUGUAUUUGUGACCCAUAGCUUCAUGAAUCGUAAUGUAAAUUCUUAAAAGGCUAGCAUUGGUAUUUUGUACACUGUAUGCAUUUUUAUUCCUGGCAUUUAAAACAAAAUUGUGAUUUA